CCGCGGCUGACAGGCACUUCCGGCCAGGGCCUCCCUCCUCUUUCGGCUUAGCUGCCGCCUCCCAGCCGGCCGUUCGCGGCCCCACCGGCUUUACUCUGAAGCGUCUGCUGUUAGGCCAAGCCGCGGCCUCCGGCGGGCUGGGGAGAGUGCAGAGCCAUGCCUCGGGCUUGAUGCGCCGCCUUCUCUUCUCCACGUUUCGGUCCUGAGUCGUUAGCCCCCUUCCCUCCGCUCUCAGCAGUCGUCUUUCAGCUCUCCUCUUCGCGUUGAGGUUGACCACAGCCAACCCCUUCCAAUUCCAGAGAGCCUCCGUCGUCAUGUCCCAGCCGGGGAUACCGGCCUCCGGCGGAGUCCCAAGCGGGCUCCAGGCCCAGAACGGAGGCGCUGCGACCUCGGGGUCUCCUUACACCAAUGGUCCUGUCCAAAAUGCACUGAUGUCUUCACAAAUGUCAGUGAGCCAAGGAUAUAACUCCCAGCUUCCAGGAUCCUAUCCUCAUCUAAUACCAGCAAAGACUUUGAAUCCAGUCUCUGGACAGUAUAACUAUAGUGGUUCUCAGGGUUCUGGGCAGACUCUUAAUAGACCACCUGUGGCUUCUAAUCCAGUGACACCUUCACUCCAUAGUGGUCCUGUUCCCCGAAUGCCGCCACCUGCUUCUCAGAACCCAGUUGCUACACCAAUGCCUUCUAGUAGCUUUCUUCCUGGAGCCAGCAUACCACCACCCUUGAAUUGGCAAUAUAACUAUCCAUCCACAGGAUCACAGACAAACCAUUGUCCUCCUGUAUCAUCCCAACCAACUCUAUCUGGGAAUACAAAUUUAACAACAAAUCAUCAUUAUGCUUCUGGAGAUCCUUCACUUCAAAACAGCUUCAUAAAAUCAGGUUCUGCACCUCCCUUAGUGAAUCCACCUCUGCCUACCACCUUUCAACCAGGAGUUCCUCAGGGGCCACCUCCAACUGGAGGCCCACCUCCAGGAAGGGCCCUCACACCUCAGAAAUUAUCACAUAGAGCUGUACCACAGACUUCGUUUAAUUCAGCGAUCAACCAAGAAGGUAUUACAUCGAAUACCAAUAACGGAUCUAUGGUGGUCCACAGUAGUUAUGAUGAAAUUGAAGGAGGUGGUUUCUUGGCAACACCACAACUUUCUAAUAAGAAUCCCCAAAUGAGCCGAAGUGUUGGAUAUUCAUAUCCCUCCUUACCACCUGGUUAUCAGAAUACAACAUCACCUACUACAACUGGAAUGCCAUCCUCUUCCUUGAAUUACCCAAGCGGGCCACAGGCCUUUACUCAGACCCCUUUAGGUGCUAAUCAUUUAACUGCAAGCAUGAGUGGAUUAAGUCUACAUCCAGAGGGUCUAAGAGUCAUCAAUCUUCUUCAAGAAAGAAACAUGCUUCCAUCAACACCUUUACAGCCUCCGGUUCCAAAUUUGCAUGAAGACAUCCAGAAACUCAACUGUAACCCAGAGUUAUUUCGAUGCACGCUGACUAGCAUUCCUCAGACUCAGGCCUUACUGAAUAAAGCCAAACUUCCUUUGGGGCUACUGCUUCAUCCUUUCAAAGACCUCGUGCAAUUGCCUGUGGUCACCUCCAGUACUAUUGUGAGAUGCCGUUCAUGCAGGACUUACAUUAAUCCUUUUGUGAGCUUUCUCGAUCAAAGGAGGUGGAAGUGUAACCUAUGUUACCGAGUCAACGACGUUCCUGAAGAAUUCAUGUACAACCCUUUGACCAGAGUUUAUGGAGAACCUCACAGAAGACCUGAAGUUCAAAAUGCUACUAUUGAGUUUAUGGCUCCUUCAGAAUACAUGUUACGACCGCCUCAGCCUCCAGUGUACCUCUUUGUUUUUGAUGUCUCUCACAAUGCAGUUGAAACUGGAUACUUGAAUUCAGUUUGCCAGAGUUUAUUAGACAAUCUGGAUUUACUUCCUGGCAACACAAGAACAAAAAUUGGCUUUAUAACAUUUGACAGUACAAUACAUUUCUACAGUCUUCAGGAAGGUCUCGCUCAACCUCAGAUGCUGAUAGUUUCAGAUAUUGAAGAUGUUUUUAUACCUAUGCCAGAGAACUUAUUAGUAAAUUUAAACGAAAGUAAAGAGCUUAUCCAAGAUUUACUGAAAAGUUUGCCACAAAUGUUUACCAAGACUUUGGAGACCCAGAGUGCCUUGGGUCCUGCACUUCAGGCUGCCUUUAAGCUGAUGUCCCCAACUGGUGGCCGGAUGUCUGUCUUUCAAACACAACUCCCAACUCUUGGAGCAGGAGCCCUGAAGCCACGAGAGGAACCCAACCAAAGGUCAUCUGCUAAGGAUAUACACCUGACGCCAUCCACAGACUUCUAUAAAAAAUUAGCCUUGGACUGUUCUGGUCAGCAGGUAGCUGUUGACUUAUUUCUUCUCAGUGGACAAUACUCCGAUUUGGCUUCUCUGGGUUGUAUAUCUCGGUAUUCAGCAGGCAGUGUCUAUUACUAUCCCUCUUACCAUCAUCAGCACAACCCAGUUCAAGUACAGAAAUUACAGAAAGAGCUACAGAGAUACCUCACUCGAAAGAUUGGCUUUGAGGCAGUCAUGAGGAUUCGAUGCACCAAAGGUCUUUCCAUUCAUACUUUCCAUGGAAACUUCUUUGUUCGGUCAACAGACUUACUGUCUUUGCCCAAUGUCAACCCAGAUGCUGGGUAUGCAGUACAGAUGUCAGUAGAAGAAAGUCUUACUGACACUCAGUUGGUUUCUUUUCAGUCAGCACUCCUGUAUACAUCCAGCAAAGGUGAAAGAAGAAUUCGUGUUCAUACUUUGUGCUUGCCAGUAGUUUCAACUCUGAACGAAGUCUUUCUUGGAGCCGAUGUUCAAGCAAUUUCAGGGUUAUUGGCCAAUAUGGCUGUUGACAGGUCCGUGACUGCCAGUUUGAGCGAUGCUCGGGAUGCUCUAGUGAACGCUGUCAUCGACUCCCUGUCAGCUUACCGUUCUUCAGUCCUGAGUAGUCAGCAGCCUGGACUCAUGGUUCCUUUCUCCUUGCGGCUUUUCCCACUUUUUGUGUUGGCUCUUCUUAAACAGAAAUCAUUCCAGACCGGAACAAAUGCACGUCUAGAUGAACGCAUUUUUGCUAUGUGUCAAGUGAAAAAUCAGCCUUUGGUUUACCUUAUGCUCACAACUCAUCCCAGCUUGUAUAGAGUUGACAAUCUCUCAGAUGAGGGAGCGCUUAACAUCAAUGAUAGAACCAUACCUCAGCCUCCUAUUCUUCAGCUUUCAGUGGAAAAACUGAGCAGAGAUGGAGCGUUCCUCCUGGAUGCAGGCUCUAUACUGAUGCUUUGGGUUGGAAAAAAUUGUACACAGAAUUUUCUCAGCCAGGUUCUAGGAGUCCAAAACUACGCCUCAAUUCCACAGACUAUGACAAACCUUCCAGAACUUGAUACAGCAGAGUCUGCCAGAACAAUAGCUUUUAUCUCCUGGCUUAGAGAGCAGAGACCGUUUUUCCCAAUACUUUAUGUAAUAAGGGAUGAGAGUCCAAUGAAAGCAGUCUUCCUUCAAAGCAUGGUAGAAGACAGAACGGAAUCUGCAUUAUCAUAUUAUGAAUUCCUUUUGCAUAUACAGCAACAAGUGAAUAAAUGAACAAAUUAUACUUGGUUAUUUCUAAAGAAAGUCACAAUAAUACAGAAUACCUAGGAGUGUGUAAUUCCUUCCUUUUCUGUUAAGUUUGUGGACUAAUGUGAUUUAAAAAAAAAAGAUACUCUCACUGUGAUUUCUUUCAACAAACUAUAGCAAAUAAAGGACCACAGCAGAGAAUCAAACAUGCAAUUCUGAAAUACUGUAUUUUUCAAAUUAUAUCUAUGUAUGACUGAAUACCUUUUUUCCUUUGCUGCCAAUUAUGUUAUGGAUUGAAAUAAGACAAUAUUGCAGAGACAAAGUACAUUUUGUAAAAUAAAGAUUUCUGUGUUUCACAUGUAUAUUUCUCAUUUUUUUAUUUUUCUCAAUUUUGGCUGCUACAUUUAAAACCUCUCAAGACUAAGUGUUGCAGGGAAGUUAAAAUCCAUUGAAAAUAAUCUCUUUAAAAUAAAAAAAUUUAGAAGUAAAUAGAAUGUAGGAAAAAAAAAACAGAAUUUCUUCUCCACAUAUUGUUUUAUUUGUUUGUUUUUCAAGGAAGGAAAAGGAUCAUCACGUUGACUAAAACUAGGGUAAACUAACUCUCGUCUAGCUUGAGAAGAAUAUGAAGUAAUGCGUUCAAGCUUUAAAAUCUGUCAGUAUUUUUCAAUACUUGAAGAACAAAGUCACUUUGAUUAGAAGUGACAGCUGUCAUUAAGUCGUUUUCUGCAUAUACUAUUUUAUUCCACAGUGAAAGAAUUUGAGCUGUGUUCAUAAAUAUACUGGGACUGGCAAUGAUAAUAGGGAGAUGAGAAGUUUUAGUCAUUUCCAUCAUUUAGGUGGGUUUUUGUGUGGUACCUCUUUGCUCUGUGAUAUAUAAUAAAUGUUUUUUUGGUGAAAUGAAGAUGAAUGAAAGAAAGGAAAGUUUCUUAAAUGGUAUCUCCAAUGCAACAAUUAUGUUUUUCUAAGAGUUUAAUAAUUAAGUUGGAAUCUACUCUUAAGAAAUAUUUAUUCUUGGAUAUAUUAAAACCUAUUCAAGCAUGAAUGCUACUGUUUAAUUUGGUGGCUAUUAAGAUUAUACUAAUCCUGGGACCAGCAGAUGGCGUAAUGGUUAAGUCACUGUACUCCCACGUAGGCAACUGCGGUUCAAGUCCUGGACCUGGCAGCUUGCUUUCUCACUUUCUCGCUCUUGCUCUGUCCCUCUCUGGUCAAAUUAAAAUAAAUAAAUAAGCUUAAAAAAAAUUACACAAAUCCUAUAUAUUGAAGUUAUGAAAGAAAACUUGAUUUCUGAACAUGUUCGAGACUUUUUUUUUCCAGCUAGAGAAAUAUAGUCAAAACUUUUGAGUAAAUUUUGUUUACAAAUAGGUAAAUUAUACAUCUGUAUAUUUAAAGUGCUGUGAUAAAUAUCUUUAAAAGAAUUUGACUCCGUUUUCACAGAUUCAUCUUGUCUUGAAUGAACUUAACAGAUGUUCAUGUGUAAUAUUCGAUGAACAGAUUUUUGAGUUUUUUUCUGUUUUAAUGGUUAAAAAAUAUGUUUACAAUCUUGGUCUUCUAUGAUCACCAAUGAAAUAGUAACUUUCAGGUUUACAUCAAUAUGAACUGACUUUAACUGAGUUCUUUGAGAUAGGGAAGAAGCCAAGUCCCUUUAGAAUAUACUUUAUAUUUAGAACUACUGCUUGACAUCUGGAUCAAAAAAAUUAUGUUUAAUAAAAAUUCCACCUCCCUUAAGCAGUGUUAAGAUUUGUUUUCAGUGUGCAAGUGGUACAUUGAACUGGAAGUUUUCUUGAAAGCUGCUUCAUUUAUUAGGAAGCAAUUUUCAGAUUAUAGCAAAUUAGAAUAAAUUUAUAUUUAUCCCUUUUUUUUAAAGAAACAGAAUCAGUAUGCCCUGAUGUUUCUUAAAAUAGCUAUCAUGUUCUUCAUGUGAUUUCAAAUGUUGAUAUUUGCAGGUCCUAAUACUGGGUUAUCAGAAAAGUCAUGAUGCACUUUUGCAUAGAAAAACAUGAAAAAAGUACGGCAUGACUUUUCCAGUGACCCAAUAAUAGUGAAGAAUCAUCCAGAAGGAAACAUUUGUGCUUUAGGGAUAAUCUUCCUUGUGCCUCACUACAUCCCUCAAUGGGUAUGACUCAUUAUUUACCACACACUUUAUUAGUAAUUUCACAAAUUCAUUUUUUUCAUUUACUUUAAACAUUAUUUUAGCUAUUAUGUAACAUGUGCAAUCCAGAUUAAUUUUAUAGCAGGUCAUAAAAAACAUAACUAGUUGGGAUUCACAAUAUUUCUUCAUUACUCUAAAUAAUAAGAGAAUGAAUGAAUCUUUUGGGGGGAUAUCAAUAUAAAGUAAUUAUUUUUUGCAAUAUGAAUGUGUUUUUAGUUUAGUUUUUUUGUUUGGUUUUGGGUUUUGUUUUUUUUUUUUUUAACAGUAGGGCACUACCUGCUGUAUCAUCUGGUAUUACUUUUUAAUGUAAAGCAACUAAUAUUUACACUAUGCCAUAUUUUUUUUACCGUAGUUAUAAAUUAUGAAAGAUCCUUGAAUUUUUUACAGCUCUACAACUACUAAAGUAACAGACAAGGGCAAUCUUGGUAUUUAAAUCUGAGCAUGGCAGUUCUAUCAUAAAAAGUACUCUAUUUUUCUAAUUUCUAGGAUUUUUUAAAUAACAUUUCUGUAAGACUGACAUACUAAUAUUCACUCAAGCAGUACCGUUUAUUUUAGUUUGCAUAUAUUUUCAUCAUUUUUAAUUUAAUGUAUUGAGUCUAAUAGACUGUUCUGCAAUAAUUAGAAUAAGAAAUUUAUUUCUUCUAAUCAAAGAUGCAUAACAGCUAUUAUCUAGGGGACCACCAAAUGUGAUUUCAAGAUUUUGUUAACUAUUACAAAUAUAAUCCUUAUAUAGAAAUUUUAAUUUUGUAAAGUAGUGUAUAAUAUUGUAACAUUCAAUUCUUGUUCUCAGAUUCAAAUAUGUAUUGAUCUUCAAUGUGCUGUCUUAAAUCUUGCUUCUCUGAAAGUUUAGAGACAAGAUUUGUCUUCCUUUUUACAGUUUGUAAUUUUCACUGUUUUAUUCCUGUUUAAAAAGAAAAGUCAUUUGUAACCCAUGCAAACAAUUGUUUGAUCUGUGCUAACUUAUCAAUUUGGCUAUUCAAUAAAGUGAAUUGAAAGAGCUUA